AUGUACUCACUCUCACACAAGUAUAUUCGUCACCGAAGGAACAUUGUUGAUAACACUCUUCUGGCUCAGGAGCUUGUUAAAGGAUAUGGUAGGAAAUCUAUCUCUCCUAGGUGCUCAUUGAAAAUUGACAUCCACAAGGCUUUUGACUCUCUGCAUUGGGGAUUUGUAUUGGUUGUUCUUAAAGCUAUUGGUCUUCCUACUACUUUCAUCAAGUGGGUAGAAGCUUGUUUCACUGGAGCUUAUGUGGGAAUUAUUAAUGUUUUUGAACACUUUUAUGCCAUUUCUGGCCUUAAAAUCAAUGCGCAGAAAUGUAAAUUCUACACUGCUGGAAUAUCACCUAGGCAAAUUGAUGAAAUCAAGCGAAUUACAGGGUUCAAUCAAGGUUAUCUACCUGUUAGAUACCCGGGAGUUCCUCUAGUUACUAGGAAACUCUCGAACAAGGACUGUAUUGCUCUUAUUGAUAAUAUCAUGGAACAUCUUCAUCAAUGGUCACGAAGACACUUGAGCUACGCUGAAUUAAGCAGCUAUGUUCACGUUUCUUUUGGAAAGGUUCGGACAAGGCAGCUUUGGGAGCUAGAGUGA